AUGCCGGAGUUCAGCGACCCCGUUUCUGUGGGCUUCCCCCACACAUGGACCCAUCAACCAAAUGGUUACUAUCCACCUUCGUCGUCGAACCAACCUCAGAAUACCUUCGGAUCUCAUCAAUAUGGCAGACCCCAAGAAAUUCACCAGCCAGGAUAUCAAUAUCACCGACCCCAGCCGAAUUCUUUGAUAUCGGAAUUAAAAAAAUCCCGAUCUGGAUUAAAAUUACAACCCUACGAAUUUAAUACAGCUCCGCCACUGUAUGUGGCACCCAAGAUUAGACCACGGCCUCAAAUUGCAACUCCAACACAAACACAACAAGUCACAACUCCCAACUUUCAACAACAGCCAACAAAUGUUUUACAAAAUAAUCCCUCCCAACUAAGGCAAGAGCCUCAGGGGUCUCUUCAGAAUGCAGCAGGAUCUCACACUCCUUCACAGCAACCACAAUUUUCUCAACAACCCCUGGGAGGACAACAACAACAAGCUACUGUGGGAGUUUCAUAUAACCAACCUCAAGCUUCUUCUCCUGGAAAUUUUGCCACAACUUCGGCUCAAGCAACCUCUUCCGCAACCUAUAACCAUCAAAGACCUUCCUACGCCGAAUCAAGUUCUUUUAAUAACCCAGGAAUUGCUUUAUAUCAAGGAAAUAAUCUGCCAAAUAAUCUAGAAGUCUCAAAUGCUCUACAAAGACCUUCAAAUCCAGCUCAGAAUCCCUCAAAUCCAGUUCAGGUUCCAACAAAUGGUUAUCAAUACCAUCAGACCUCUUCAAGGCCGCAGGAAACAGUCCCCAAUUCCCAAAAUCCAAAUUCUCAAAAUCCUUCGUUUUCAUCACAGGGUCCAUCAAAUGGCUAUCAAUAUCCUCAGGGAAAUUUCCAGCAAUCUUUCAACGACAGAGGCAAUCAGAAGCCUGAACCUCAAUAUCAACCCUCUUCUCCAGGAACCAACGAAGUAAAACCCAACGAACAUCAACAGGGUUACCCUAAAGGACCCAAUUCGAAUUUCCAAGGCUAUGGAAAUCAAAAACCUUCUCAGGAAACCAAUUUCCUACAACACAGACCCGGAGCUCAAUUCAAUCAAGGACUUCAAACCUCAAAAUCCGAAACAGAGCAACAAAUUUAUCACAGACCUGAACAAGGAAAUACUCAAGGAAACGGAGAAAGAAUUCAAGGAGCCAAUCAGAAUCCUCAGUCAACUAUCAAUCCGGAAAAUGAUAUCCGACCUGCUCAGGGAAAUUCUCUACCAAACAGUGACAAUUUGAGGGUCCAAGAAACCAUGCAGACUUCUCAGGCUUCCAACAACGAAGUUGGACAACAAAAUUAUCCCAGCAGGGUCCCUGAAGCCAUUUCGAAUUCCCAUGCUUUCAGUUCGGGAAACACCCAAACAAAUUACCCUCGACCUGGUCAAGGAAAUGAUUUCACUUCGAGGGAUCCAGAAGGCAAUCAAAGACCUGUUAAUUCUCAACCAGAGGCUGAGCAACAAAAUUACGACAAUCGUGGUCAAGGUUAUGCCUACCGAACUCCAGAAAAUUCAGGAGUUACUGGAGCUUCUUCCCGACCAGAAACCGGGCAGCAAAAUUACCCAAGACCUGCUUUGCCUUCCAGAGAAAAUCCAAAAGUUUCUCUAAAUUCGGAGCAACAAAAUUAUCCCAGACCUGGUCAAGGUUAUGUUUACUCAACCACAGAAAAUGGCGCCCAAUCAAACGCUCUUCCUUCCAAACAAAACAUGGACCAACAAAACAACUUCCAAGCUGUUCAGGGUGGACAAGCAGAAGCUAAUCAGAGACCUAUUGGAAUUUCAGGAGCUCUAGGUCAACCAGAAGCCAUACCAAAUCCGCAGCCUUCAUAUCAGAGACCUGAGAAUCCCACGACAGCUCUAAAUAAUGGAAAUUCGGUUCUAAAUGGAAACUCCUCGCCUGGUCAAAAUUCUCAAGGAUAUUCGUAUCAAUCUCAGCCUCAACCUGCAGGUCCCUUGGAAACUUCAAAUAAUGGAUAUCCCAGACAAAAUCCUCCACAGAAUCCAGGAUACUCCUAUCAAUCUCAGGAGGCUUUAAGGCAGAAUGGCGAACAAAAUGGAAAAUCGGAAGCCACCCAAGAGUCUGCAUAUCCACAAAAUGUUCGACCAUUAGCACAGCAAGGCACUCUUCCUUCAAGACAAGAAUCUUCUCCACAGGGUAACCAAAGGCCUCAAUCGAACCCUGGAUAUUCGUAUCAGCCACAACAGAAUCUGAGACCAAAUGUGGAACAAAAUGGUAUGGGGUCUAAUUUCCCACAAAAUAGGCAACCUGAAGCCCAGCAAACCCCUCUCCCAUCCAGGCAAGAAUCUGAGCAGCAGAGACCUCAAUCGAAUCAAGGAUAUUCCUAUCAGUACCAACAGAAUCUAAGACCGAAUAUGGGUCAAAAUGGAAACCCCAUCAAAGAACCUGAAUCCCCACAAAAUAGACAAACAGAAGCCAAUCAGAAUUCUCUUCAAUCAGGACCAGGUUUCGAGCAUCAAAUCUCCGAAGGACCUGGUCAACAAAAUCCUGGCGAAAAUCUUCACCAAAAUAGUGGCUACCCUCAGGCAAUGAGACCGAAUCCCGAAGUGACUUAUCAACCUCAAGUUCCACAAGUAAAUCAAAAUUUUGGACAACCCGUUAGGGAUUUGGCUGUACAGCCUGGUUCUCAAGUCUCUCAGGAAGACUCAGCUGGAACUCAAGCGCCAGUUGGCUCCUCCGGCUUCAAUAAUGGUAUCCAAAUCCCAUCAAAGCCCAUGGAAGUUCCCAUACCCGCACGUCAAUAUCUGCCACCAUUUUCGAACCAAGAAUCCCAAACUCCCAGCUCUGAUCUGACAACAACUGAAUAUCAAAAUCUCAGCGCCGAUGUAUCUACAAGUUCUGCUUCCUCAUCCUCCUCUUCUUUGGCCUCCCAAUACCAACCACAAAAUAAUGGACCCACUUCUCAGCAGGCUAACCCUCAGCAAAGUAAUCCACCUCAGGCCCUAGCCACAACUACCGCAUCUCCUCUAACAUCGAAUACCAUUUCCAGUUCUCCCGCUACCACCUUUCAGAACUUUCCCUCCCCCAGCCAAAAUGAAAAUGCAUCCACCCCACCGCCCACCUACAAUACCCAACCCUGGAAUCCCAUUAAAAUAUCUACAAAUCGUGUACCGAAACAACAAUCGCUCAACCUUCCACAAGGUUAUCGUUAUAGUACUCCCUCCAUGAAGCAGACUGCCGAACAUGCGCCCACCUUUAAUGGUGUGGUAUACAAUGAACUGGGAAUGGGUAUGAAUGCCUCCUCCUCCAAUCUGAUACCUGAUGAAAUGCCAAAGGUGGAAAAUGCGACACAAGAAGUGAUGAUGAUGGGUAAGACGGAAAUUGAAACUCAGCAGGGUUAUGUCUACGGCAGGCCAGAGGUGGGUUUAAAGGAGCCUCAGGGGGUGACUCUACUGAGACCGGUGGACUCUAUGCCAGAAGAGUAUGUUUACUAUAAGAAACAACAGCAAAAGCAGGAAGGGGGAAAUGGAACCCAGAAUUCUUAUCCAAACCAAGAAGGCUCCGGAACCUCCAGCCAAGGUAAUGAAGAGAACAUCAGACCCCUCAAAGAGAUGGCCAACAAACCGAAUCAGGAUGUUAUGAGACCCUCAAAUGGAGGUUAUUCCUAUCCCCAACUAGCAACUGAGUCCGUCGGAAAUUCUGCGGAAAAUUCCAGGCCUCUUCAGGAUGCUCAGCUUCCUUCAGGAACGCAAAAUUUCCCACAUAUGGGACAACCUGAUCUCAAUAGGCCUUUGGAAUCGCUGCAAAAUGAAAACUCGCAGUUGAGCGCCAUUCGUCCCAUGGGUGGUGAAUUGAGACCUGAGGAUUCAAAUAAGGAGCAGAACAGACCUGUGGAAGUGAUGCAAGAUGGAAAUCUCCAUUUGGGCGCCAUUCAACCCAUGGAAGCUUCUCAGAAUACAAACAAUGGAUAUUCGCAAAAUUCACAAGUUCCGGAGGCAAAUGGUCAAAAUGACUAUUUGAACCAACAGUAUCCAUAUAAACAGGUAUCGGCCCUCAACCAAGUGAAUCGGAUUCCUCAGGGUGGUCAGCCAACGGAAAAUUUGCCCUCAAGGAAUCAAUACCUCAAUCCGCAGGGUGAAGGUCCCCAACCUGAAAAUUCUCCAGCUUAUCAACAACACAUGCAGCAAAUCUCCAAUGAGAACCGAAUGCCAUUUAAUGGUCAGUUUCCAUCGAAUCACACCCAGGAGGCCAUCAGGGAGCAAAGUUCUCAACCUCCCCAAGGAAAUCAAGGCUUUGUAAUGGGUCCCUAUGCAAACCAGGGUGAACAAACUCAAUUUCAACCAUCCAAUCGUCCGGAAAUGUCACAGAAUCCCGUAGGGCAAUCUCACCUCCAACCAUCCCCUGCCAUCGAAAUGAAUCAAGGGGGCCAUACCCAGGUUCCCGUUCAACAAACGAUUCAAGUUACCGAAACUCAGGCCAUGAUUCCAUUAUUCAGACCCUCACCCCAGUUCCAAAGUAAUGGCUACAAUUAUGGUCAAACCUCAGGAAAUAAUCCACAAAUGGUCCCUCAAAAUCAAGUCCAAGUUCUGCAACAAAAUCAAGCUGCCAGCACAAGUUUUCAACCCUCCUCUCCGAACUUCAUGGGAAUAUCCAGGCCCCAAGAAAAUUCUCCACAAAAUAUGCAACCUGCAAUGAUGGAUUAUCCCGCACAAAAACCCGCACAAUUUGUGGGCUAUUCUAACCAGGUUCCGCAACAACAGUUACAGGUACCCUCACAAAAUUCGAUGAUUUUCCCACAAAAUCCCCAAGAAAUUGUCACACUUCAAACCACAACACCCAAUUCGCUGAUGGCCUUCUUUAGCACACCCAAUCCCAUCGAAAAUCAAGUGAUCUCCUCCUCAAAUCCGCCGCGGGAUGUUAAUUCCCGCCCCAUGACCUUUGAGGAAACAAAAAGCUAUAUGCAAAUGCCAUCACAUUCUUUUGAAUUGCCCUCCUCUUACAUUAUGGUGCCAAGUAAUGCGGAACAGGCCUUGAUGCCUCAGCCCAGGACAGCCAAUUCUGCAGGUUCUACAGUAUCAGAAUCAACUGAGGAAAAUACCCAAAAUCCCCAGGUGACAGAAGAGCCUGUGCGACAACCCCAUUUGGUGUAUGGCUUGCCAGACCAAGCAGAACCCACAACCGUAACCCCUGAACCAUUAGCUGAACAACUGUCCCCAGUAAAACCCAUGGAAAACGAGGGAAAUCCACAAAAUCCCAUGGCAUUCCUGGAAAAUCCCAUUGUCUACAAUACUCCCGAGCAGCCCGUAACUUCGGUAACUCCCGAAACACUUCAGGAGCAAACUCCGAUUACGACAGAAAUUUCUGUUCCUACUGAGGUAACUUCUGCCAAUUCAUUGGUAUUUUUGGAAAACCCCAUCGAAACUCAACAGCCAAUACGGCAACCCCAUCUCAUUUAUGGUUCUCCGGUCUAUGAAGCCACCACUAUUAACUUGCCAUCACCCAUGUAUACUCGUUUUUAUAAGAAGUAA